UACCAUUGUUUAUAAACUUCUUCACUACUUAUGUGGAUUAAUCCGCGGACAGACGUCUCUGCUUUUUGCCUUCCUAGUUAACCUGGCAGAAAAACGGGAUCUUGAGGGUGUCCUAUUUGCUUCCUCCCAGAAUAAGGCUCCCCAAGGAGUGUAAAUGCACCUACUGUAAACAGCUUUUGCCUAAAGCAUCUGCCAAAGGCCCAAAUAGUCAUUUCAAUUGUGAAUUUAAUUCAUUUUAGUUAAUCCAGUUUUUUUUUUUUCUCACAAUGAAUGAGUGAACAAUUCAAUAGCCUUCCACUAACAUGUGGCUAAUAAAAACGAGAAAUCCUUUUUAAUUUGAGAGACACACCUCUAUUCGUCUGCUUGUUAGCGAAGCAUCAGCUUCUCUGCACAAGUCCUUUGGGUCCCCUUGCAAGUUGCUAAGAACAACACAUCCUUCAUCAACAAACAGACACCCUCAUGCGGGAACAGAGUACAGUACUCAACACACUAAUAGGCUGUCAGUGCAAAUCCAGCAGAAACAGAACCUUCUCUCACACCUGGAGACAUGAAAUUCUGCAUUGGAAGAAAAUGUGGGGGAUAUCUGCAACAAGAAGGGCUCCGUGCCACAACAAGGGCAUUCAUUCUCGAGAGCUCAAACUUAAAGGAGUAUGCGGAACACAGCACCGACGAUGGGGCUAUUCCGGCUUGUGUUUUUUCCUUGUUUGGGAAAAACUUGACAACAAUUUUGAAUGAAUAUGUUGCUGUCAAAGCGAAGGAAUCAUGUCACGAGACGCAGGUGCCGGCAAUGAUGACAUCUCUAUGGAAAAAAUUAGAUUUCACUCUGAAUCAAAUCAAGUCUAUGCAGAACUCUCCUGCUGUUUACCAGAAUCAAAGACUCCGAACGCGGAACGGGAUUAUGAAUAUGAGGGGGCAGAGAUCGCUGUCGUCCUGCACCCGAUCCCCAAGCACGGCACUUCUCGCGGUUCCACCACCGUCCACCCAUUACGACGCCAGCCCUCUGGCCACCCCCCAGGGCAUGCUGGGACAUUCCACGCCUGUCUGCUACAGCUCUUUGCAGACGAGGCCCUCCCAGCUCUGUGUCAGUCAGCCUCAGAUUCAGGACGUAGGCCGGCUUGUCAUCAACAUGAACAGAGAAUCACCUUUGCACAUUGUUGUUCCUGACCGCAGAAUAAACUCAGGACCAUUGUCCCCAGGACGCCGGAAAUGCGACUCCCCAAGGAGGCGAGGUGGAGGGCUUUGUGGGCUGUCUGGGACAACACGCACUGCAGCGCCCUCUAGUGGCCCAAUCCCUGACCAGCAGAAUGAGGCUCUCCAAGAAGGCGUUGCGGAGAACUUCCCACAAAUGGUUAUUGAAAAUGCUCGGGAAAAGAUACUGAAUGACAAGUCCUUGCAAGAAAAGCUGGCUGAAAACAUCAAUAAGAUCUUGGGAAGUGACAUUAAUCCACAGUCCUCUAAACAAGUGGCAUGUAGUACUGUGGUACCGGAUCAGUCCAUUGAUGAAAUAUUGGGCCUCCAGGGGGAGAUCCACAUGUCUGAUGAUGCCAUCCAGGAUAUUUUGGAGCAGACAGAGUCUGAUCCUGCCUUCCAAGCUCUCUUUGACCUGUUUGAUUGUGGGAAAAACAAAGACAGCGAAGGAGAGAGCCAGUUUGACACCAGUCUCAGUAACACUACACAGGAAAGUGAUGAAGCAGAUUCUUCCUCUCAAACCAGGGAUCCAGGUACAAGCCAAGAAGAACCAACAUCUGGGGCAGAAACAAGUUCUAGAAUCCUGAGAACGAGGAGCGCGCAAGACCACAAAAGCAAGAAAACCAGAAAAACGGCACCCCUUGCCUCAAACGCGUCGAAGAGUGGCCCUGCACUGGGUAAAAGAGGCAAUCCCCACACAAAGGCUGGAGCGACCGAGACUGUGGCUGUGGCAGGCAGUGACGGGAAGUCGGGCAGUGCCCAGUCCAAAGCACAGAGCAGCGUUGGCAGGGACUCUGUUUCAGCAGCAGCACAAGGCAUGCCAAGCUCUGUGCUAGCUGAGGAGGAUGACGACAUGGAAGUGGCUGAGGCCACAGAGACUGCAGUAUCGCUUGCUUCUCCGGUCCAGCCUUUGGCUGUCCAAACGGAUCACCAGGAGAGCCCACAAGCCUCCAAAGAAUCUGGCGGGGAAAAUGCUAGCCUCUCAAUGAACAACAGUGCAUCGGUAUCGGUUUCAACUGCCGCUGGUGCUCAGAAGCCACCAGGAACUGAUCCGUGUGCAAGAUCAGCCGGAGCGCCGGAGGCUGUGGUUCCUCAGUUUGACGGUUCAGCUGAAACCCCUGGAUCUCAGCCACAUCUUUCCCCCUCUCCAUCCCAGCCUGUUUCUCAACACAGAACCGUUCAGCUUAAUGCUGCUGGAUCAACGCACUCCUCGACGUGCCCUGUUGGUCAAAAACCGAACUCUGUGGCUGUGCCCUUGGGGACAGCUCUUCCUGAAGCUCCAUCAAUACUGGCACACUCCACCUGUGCACCCAGCACCCCCUUCAAAGAGCCUGACCCCAGCAAAAUAGUUUCUCUCAAGAUCAUAGUGAGCGACGAAGCCGAUGACCAAUCCAGCGACUUGGCCUUGAGCCAGGCGGUGUCGAGCAUCACUGGGGAGAGACUGCCCACCAUCAUUCUCUCCUCCCCCGCCAAGUCCCCCGCCAAGGCUUCCGCAGCCGCCGUCUGCUCCAUCACACAGGAGGAGACGGUCCAGGCCGUCUGCUGCCUACAGGGGGCAGACCUCAACCCUCUCCUCACGGGGAAAAUCGGGGAGGCCGUGAUGGGAUUGCCGGCCCGUGGCGUUGAGGAGGGCGUCCAGCUGUCCGUCGCCGGCGACCUGUCACAGGAAGCUGGGUACAUCCAGCUGGUUCCUGGGGCCGCCCCGUACGGAAGCUCCAGCAGCUACUUCGUCGUGGCCGACCCAGCAGCUGUCAGCCAGCAGUCGAAGCUGAUGGUGCUCCCCGGGUGCCCCUCGCUGGGACAGGCGUCCCCCGCGUCGCACAUGCUGACGACGCCACCCCGCCCGGUGAUCUCUGUGGCUCAGGACGUCUCGCAGGCCUACUCACCUGGCUCAACACUGUUCAUAUCAUCCCCGUCCCAGCCCAUGUUGCAAAGCAUGAUGGUCCCAGUAUCAGUCGUUGGUCAAAGCAGUGUGGGAAAGUUCACUGUCGUCCAAAAUCAGCUAUUACAGGUGACAGCUCCAGGUGUGAAAACCCCGGGGAAGGGUAAACAAAAGCCUAAGCUGGCACCCAAGGACCGAGCAGUUUCAGGUAAAGCUAGUGCAACGGAUAAAUCCACAAAGACCUUGGACCCAAAUCCGCAGUGCUUGCCAGCAGCUCUGAAGCCCCAGACUGUGAGGACGGCGGACUCAUCCCAGCCCUCAGAGACAGCAGGACCGCAGCAGCAGCAGCCUCCCGAGCGCACCUCAGCAGGCCACGCCCCAGCCCCCAGUUCCAGCCCCCGCCCUCACCGGAGGGUGCUGUGCUUCGAUGUCUCGGCCGAAAACCCCGACCCUGCUCCGGCAGAGGAGAAACCUUCGCCUCCCCCUGAGGGGCCCGCCUGCACACCUGCGGCCCCCGUUCCAGCCUCCUGCGGCCGGGAGCCUCAAAAAGACACUCCCAGCGGCCAGUCACCCGGCAGCUGUAAACUCAGGGCGAUACAGCCGGCCAUUCUGCGCGGCAGUAGGACUACGGACGGGAAAAUGAGACCCGAGGCAACAGCAAAAGUCGCGGACAAGAAAAAGCCUUCAGAGGCGCCCAAGGAGUCUGAGAAAAGAGCCACGGAACCGUCACAGAGCCUGUCCAGGAGCGCCUCGGAGCAGGAGACGAGAACUCAGGGUACGAGCGGCAGGAGAGACGCCGCUCUGCCAGAACCCGCCAAGCGGAAGUCGGAAUGCCGGAGGAAAUCCCACCAGUUGGAGAAGAAGGAUGACGAGGGAUCCGCUUCCACCCACGGCGUUAAAUCCGUGGCCCCCGGCAACAGGACGACGUCGAAAUCCGCGGGCUCAAAGAAGCUAGCGGAGGAGAGAAGCAGGGCGGAGAAAGGCGAAGGUGCGCAGAAGUGCAAGGAGGCGUGGCCGGAGAGGAGGGGCUCCUCCCACACCGCUCUCCACGUCACGGCCAACAAGGAGAACGAGGUGGAGCCGGGGAGAGGCGAGCAGCCCCCCGCGAGCGCCGCGCCGCAAGAGGACCCGGCUCCCCCCGCCGCCGUCGGUUCGGCAGCCCCCGCUGCGCAGGGCGGCUCCGGCAGAGCCCCUCCCAGCAUGACGAGCCCCCUCACCAAGCAGGCCGCGGAAAUGCUGCAGGACAUACAGGGCCACAACCCUGCAGCCACGCCCACGAAGAGAUCGUCGGGCCUGGGGUGUCCCGGGCUGCCUCUGCCCAGAACCCCCGGGUCCGGGUGUUACCCGGAGGAGCCACCCGACACCCUGAGGACGCCCGUCCGUCAGAGGCCGGGUCGGGACGGCGACGGCACGCCUCGGCACCUCCCGCCGCCCGCCACCCCGGACAUCCCCACCUGCAGUCCCGCCAGCGAGGCCGGGAGCGAGAGCAGCAUCAACAUGGCCGCCCACACGCUGAUGAUCCUGUCCCGCGCCGCCAUCGCCAGGACGGGCACGCCGCUGAAGGACAGCGUGCGCCAGCAGGGGGCGGCCGCCCCCGCCGUGACCCCCAAGGGCAAAAAACGCAAGCCGGCCGAGCCUCUGGCCAGCCCUACCUCGAAGAAAGAGACGCAGCACGGCGGCUCGGCGGCCGCUAAGAAGGCUAAGAAGCAGAAGAAGAUGCUGGAUUCCUUCCCUGAUAACCUGGACGUGGACAAGUUCCUGUCGUCGUUGCAUUAUGACGAGUGAGGCAGGUGGACAGAGAGAACUCUCAGGCAGGACACUGGUGUGAAUAACCACAGCAGGGGAUUACCAUAUACAGGGCCUGUGGUGGCCCAACGAAGGAUCUUAUUUCAGGGCAUGACAUGAACAUUCAAUCCACAUUGAACUCUGAAUGUAUUGCCACAUAGAAAUGCAAUUUUUUCUUCAAAUAAACCAUUUUUUUGGUUUGUGUUUUAUAUUGUCAGUACCUGUGGUUUCUUGCAUUACUUUCCUUCUCUGAUUUUGGCUAUUUAGUCUCGUGGGCUGCAGUCUGAUGUGCUGGACCCGUAGCCGGAAAGCAGGCCUGAAUCCCUUGUACAUUUAUGAAUGGAUAAUAUGUAAGCUGCUGCAGACACCCAAAAUAAGGUCAUUGAGAUGGCCAAUGAAAUGGCAAUUAAAUUGUUUAGGGAAAGAGUAUAUAACUACACUAUGAUGCCAAGCAGAACUUAUUCUAAAAUGUCUGAUGAGUAGCAUUAGCUCUAAAGACUGGGAGCAUAAAGCAGUUAAACUGUAAAAUUAUAUAAUUUGAUUUGCACAUUUCUGCUUUUGUUCCUUUGACACUCUGGCCAGAUAAGGUUUUUACUUUUUGGUCUUCCCUGUCUGAAUUGUUCAUGCACAUCAUUAUGAAAGAAUUUUUCUUCUGGGUAUUUGUCCUCUGUGUAGGUAAAUUUUCAAUGAAAACGUGAAAUUAAAAGUUUUUAAAAAUAUUUAUUUUUAGUCUGUCCAGUAUCAGAAGCAUAUUCAUCGGCGAAAGGCAGAUAAUCCUCAGCACACAAUCUGAAACAGUGUUUGAAAGUUUGGAUAUUCAUGUGAAUUCAUUUUAUGGCUUCCAUAGCUAUAGAUUUCCCAAACAAUGUCCUGUGUUGUGACAUAAUUUGGUUUUCCAAAGCACACAUUGAAACUGGUGUCUGAGGGUAGGUUUACAGGAAAGGGGAAAAAAAUCUUUUUAGCACCAUUCAUUUACAAGUAAGGCCAGAAAUGUUUUUAAAUUGUCUUUAAAAUUUUAUUGGUUAAAAUGUAGGAACCCUGCUAUGAACUGCUUUGACAGCUUGGUGAUAUUUGAAUCCAUGUAACACAAAAUUGCCAAGUGUACCAGUGAUGGUACCUGUACCAUCACUGCCUGACUGAGCUACAUGGAUCUUUCAAUGAAAACACUGAUCCACAUGAAUACCAUCUAUAGAUUUAGGAUUCAACCAAGUUACCAUUAUGACUGCUUCAUGAGCCAGCACUCAAUAAAACAUGAACAAAAACAAGACUCAAAAGUCAAUGGCAAAGUGCAACAAAACUGAAUUAUCAAAGGGUUGAGUUUUUGAAAAAGGAUGGAACCCUAAACUACAAAUGUUAGUACUUGCAGAAAUGUGUUUAUUUUUGUUUGAUAAGUAACAUGAACCACAGCUGAAAAUUCGGUAGCUUACAGUGACUUUAAAAAAAAAACAGAA